AAGAUGGCGGCCACCAUGAAGAAGGCGGCUGCAGAAGAUGUCAAUGUUACUUUCGAAGAUCAACAAAAGAUAAACAAAUUUGCAUGGAAUACAAGUAGAAUCACAGAGCUGAAGGAAGAAAUAGAAGUAAAAAAGAAACAACUCCAAAACCUAGAAGAUGCUUGUGAUGACAUCAUGCUUGCAGAUGAUGACUGCUUAAUGAUACCUUAUCAAAUUGGUGAUGUCUUCAUUAGCCAUUCUCAAGAAGAAACACAAGAAAUGUUAGAAGAAGCAAAGAAAAAUUUGCAAGAAGAAAUUGAUGCCUUAGAAUCCAGAGUGGAAUCAAUUCAGCGGGUGUUAGCAGAUUUGAAAGUUCAGUUGUAUGCAAAAUUUGGGAGCAACAUAAACCUUGAAGCUGAUGAAAGUUAAACAUUUUAUAAUACUUUUUUUAUUUGUUUAAUAAACUUGAAUAUUGUUUAAAUUGAUAAUUUUCCUUCUUCAAAUGACAUGGAAAGCAAAACUUUCUUUUUUUAAAAUUUUCAUUUAUUUAAUGGAAACUUGCCUAUUUUCACAUGUCUGCUUGUUUAUUUUAUAUUUUUAAAAGAAGACAGUAUUCACCUAUGUAUUUUGCAUAACGAUUAUAUCAAGUCUAGGGGCUUCAUGUCAUGUUAUUAAAAUCAGUUAAGCAAUCGAAAAAAAAAAAAAAUAGGAGAGGGAAUGGCUUGUUUGGGGAAUGUGAGCAGUCCAGUGGGACAGGUGGAGCUUCUCCACCUAAGGGCUGUUCUGCAGAGGCAGCAUUUCAUGAGAAGGGGCGUUCCUGGAGGGCAGGGGCUCUCUUGGCCUCAUUCUCUGCAGUGUGUCCCAAGCCUGAUACCUAGCUGGUGCUCAAUAAAUGUGUGUGUGUGCGUGUGUUGUUGUUGUUGUUUUGAGACGGAGUCUUGCUCUGUCACCCAGGCUGGAGUGCAGUGGCGCAAUCUCGGCUCACUGCAACCUCCACCUCCCGGGUUCAAGCUAUUCUCCUGUCUCAGCCUCCUGAGUAGCUGGGACUACAGGUGUGCGCCACCACGCCCAGCUAAUUUUUGUAUUUUUAUUUUUUUUUUUUAGCAGAGACGGGGUUUCACCAUGUUGGCCAGGAUGGUCUCGAUCUCCUGACCUCAUGAUCCACCCGCCUCAGCCUCCCAAAGUGUGGGGAUUACAGGCGUAAGCCACUGUGCCUGGCCAACAAAUGUGUGUGUUGACCGAUUCAUGAGCUUGGUGACCUCAGACACUCUGAAUUUCAUUAAGUGUUGUCAGCAGUGAAAAGGGAAUAUGCUUCGCUACCUUGAUAUGAGGUGGGUAAAGGAUAGUAAGAACUUGAUAAAGAGCAUUCCCUUUCUGGCCUGGUACCAGCUCUAGAUCUUCCUCAAAGCCCAGCACAGGGCUGAGCACAGAUCUGCUUGAUGAUGGCAUUUUAUAACAUUACAAUUCUAAUAUUCAAUUAACUGAAUGUCUGUUAUAACACUUACCAGACGCUUGCUAUGCACCAGACACUGUGUUCAGCACUUAACUUACUUUAUUAUUUCAUUUAAUCCUGACAAGCCCAUGAGAUAAGUCCUCUAAUUAUCAACUCCCUUUUGUGAAUAAGGAAACUCAGGUUCUUCAGAAAGACAAUAACUGGCCAAAGUCCAAGUCAAGCAGGGGAUGGCACUGGAAAGUGAAUCCCAGCCCUGCUCAUCUCUCCCUCUGUCACACAACUCCACCACCAAGUACUGUCCAGUAGGCUGGGUAUACACAGCCGUGCUCCUGAGGAGCUUGGAGCUCAGUGGACUCAGAGACACAAGCUGUGUGAUGCUUGGCAAGUCACUUUGCCUCUCUGGGACUUGGUUUCUGCUUCUUAAAAUGGGGACUAUGAUGAUAAAUACUCUCACAGAAUUAAACGACGUGAUGUAGGUGAAAGCCUCAUCCACCAUACAGGCUCCUCUGUGAAAUGGCAUUACUGUGACUAUCCUGGGAGGAUGGAAGGGGUCACUCAGAAGCAGAACAGGAAGCUCAGGAUGAAAGUCUACAUGGUGCCAGGCACAGUAGCUCAUGCCUAUAAUCCCAACAUUUUGGGAGGCGGAGGCCAGAGGAUUGCUUGAGGCCAGGAGUUUGAGACCAGCCUGGGCAAGAGAGUGAGACCCUGUCUCUAAAUUCUUUUAAAAAUUAGUGGUGCAUGUCUGUAGUCAUAGCUACUCAGGAGGCUGAGGUGAAAGAUUGCUUGAGCCCAGGAGUUCAAGGCUGCAGUGAGCCAUAAUCGUGCCACUGCACUCCAGCCUGGGUGACAGAGGGAGACCCUGACUCAAAAAAAAAAAAAACCCACCAAAAAACCCACAAAAAAACCACAGAGGAGGGUGGUGGUAAUUAUUAAGCAAACUCUGACUCCUUCCCCAAGUGACUACCACCACCCAGGAGGACAGAGGCCCCGGGCAGCACUCUGGUUGCAAGCCUUGAGUGGAAUCUUUCAGGAGGUCCACCUUUGCUCUUACUUCUGCUUAUCUUUACAGACCAAGGAAAGGGAAGGUCAGGCCCUCAGAUCAGAGCCCUGCUCCAGAUGACUCAGCGAGGAACUCAUGGGGGGAUUCCCAACCUGCCCUGGCAGGCCAGGAAGCUCCAGACCACAAGCUGAGUGGGACUGGCUCCUGCCUAACCUCCACAGUCAUGGGGUAGGUUGGAAGAGCACGUGAGGGAAGCCAGAUUUUCACCCCAAAGCUGCAUUGCUCCCUUACCAUUAUGCUAAAUGCCUGAGGUAAAAUCUCAGAGGGUAAUUUACACUCGAAUUGUGAGAGCU